CGCGAUUCGAGGCCACGGUCACAAAUUGACACAAUCUCUGUGAUAAAAUUACGCACACUAACAAAGAGGGCCAUAGCUGUCAGCCGUGCGCCGCUUGUCAUAAUGUAUUUCGAAGAUUUUGUGUUUUCAAAUUGAUAUUUAUGUGAAAAAGUGACAAAACAAUCUCCAAAAUGAAUAUUAAAGCGGCGUUGGCGAUUGGCAUGGUGUUUGUGGGAUGUUGCUCUAACGUAGUAUUUUUGGAAUUCGUUGUCAAAGAGGAUCCCGGCGCUGGCAACUUGGCUACAUUCCUGCAAUUUUUAUUUAUCGCUGCAAUAGGUUUCUGCACAGUCGGCAAGUUUGGAACCGCGAAACGGAAUAUACCAUUCAAACAGUACCUUUUACUAGUCGGUUUCUUUUGGACUAGUAGCGUUGCAAACAACUAUGCCUUCGACUUCAACAUACCGAUGCCUUUGCACAUGAUAUUCCGCGCUGGAUCCCUAAUGGCUAACAUGGCUAUGGGAGUGUGGAUCCUAAAGAAACAAUAUCCAGCAAUUAAAUAUCUGUCCAUUUUCAUGAUAUCCGCCGGCAUAGCAAUCUGUACUAUACAAUCGAGCGGUGACGUCAAAGCGCCUAGAGAAACUCACGAAGACGCAGCUGAAGAAGAAAAACUGAAGUUCAUAGAUUGGCUGUGGUGGUGCUUAGGUAUAGCUAUACUAACAUUCGCGUUAUUCGUCUCAGCUCGCAUGGGAAUAUUCCAGGAAUCUUUGUAUUCCAAAUUCGGGAAGCAUCCCUGGGAAGCGUUGUAUUACACGCAUCUACUGCCUUUAGUUAUCUGGUUACCGACGACUCCGAAUAUAUUGAAUCAUGUUAAUAUAGCAUUCGAAACGCCCGUUGUAGAUUUUCUCGGAUUCGCGUUGCCUAGACAAGUGGUUUGGUUGAUUUUAUACGUCUGUACACAGGGGCUGUGUAUCAGUGCCGUAUACGUACUGACCACGGAAUGCGCUUCUUUGGUGGUUACUUUAACUGUCACUCUAAGAAAGUUCGUAUCUUUACUCUUUUCUAUACUUUACUUUAGAAAUCCGUUCACUUUGGGCCAUUGGCUUGGUACUCUCUUAGUUUUCCUCGGCACUAUGAUAUUUACUGAGUUACUGCAGAAAACUGUUUACUUGUUCGUACCUAAAGAUAAGAAGAAAGUGCAGUAACAUUUCUAAACUUAAUUUACUGAUACUUGUAUUGCUUGAAAAUUUUUGGAAGCUAUUUUUAGGUACUCCUAGAUAUCAACUCGGGGAGGUUAAAUAAGUUAUUAAUGUGAUAAUUUUUAAGGUUUAUAGGGUUUUUGUUAAUGUUUUCUAAUAUUAUUUUGUUUAUUUUUGUACCUUUGCUGCGUAUAUUUUUAAUUGUUACUGUGCUAGCAUUCUGGCUAUGUGUUAGAGUUAACUUAAUUGCAAUUAACAAUGACAUUCAUAAAUCAAGUAUUGAACAAAAAAAUAAUUUUAUCAUAAUAAUAAAUUAAUAAAAGAUUUUAAUUUUAAGUAGAUAAUUUCAAAUAAUAAUGCUAUAAUUUUAUUUCUACACGUAAGUUAAGUAUGAUUGACUGCCUUUUAUUUAGUAGUAAAUUUACCCGAUUCCGAAUCAUGCGGUCUGGCGUUCGAUUCCCAGCCCCUGUAGCCAAGUGGCAUAUCGAUUCUCUUUCUACGAUCGCAAACGCUUCAAAAACUAGAAAAAUGUUUUGGAAUGAAAUUUGCUUUCGACAGCUCACGUGAUCAAGGUCUGUCAUUCCCAUACAUUUUUCUAGUUUUCGAAGCGUUCGCGUUCGUAGAAAGAGAUUCGACGUGCCACUUGGUUAUAAUAAAAAUGGCUGGUUGUUUUGUUCGAGAAAUGCUUAAUAUAUGCAUUAAGGUGAAUUGAACGCGCCUGUUCUCUUUCCAGUCAUAUCAAUAUAACCUGUAUUGGAAUGAAAAGUGUAAAGUAACAAAGAUAACAUUUGGGCAUAUACCUACAUGUACAUUGAAAUAUGUUAACAAACCUAAAGAUAAUGUUUGUCGUCGUACAGUUAUUGUUCGUAGUUAGUAGUUACCUUAACCGUAUAAUUGUAGUACCAUUGUAAUCAUUAUAACCACGCUGAUCGCUUAUCAUCGUUUACAUACGUGAUUUGCGUUUUUUGUUAUCACCAUUACGUAUUGUGUUAUUUAUGUGUGUGAGAAGGUAACUAUCAACUAGAUAUAUAUCAUACAGAAUAUAAGAUAGCAUACAUUCGCAUACCUAGCAUUAUAUUAUAAUUUAAUGCUAGAUAUGCGAAUGAAUGGUUUCUGCCGGUCUAGUUUCAUAGUCAAAGAGCCAGUGACCUACCCUUUUGAGGAAAUAUUGGUUUCCUCAAGACUUAAUAGUUCAGUGUUGAAGGGGCCGGACCGCCGGACUCAUCACCGAGAGGUGGUGGUUCGAUCCCUGCCCCGCUGGACUAUUGUCGUACCCACUCCUUUUUCAACUACUUGGAGGGAAAAGGGAAGAUUGGUCAUAAUUAAAAUAUAAUGGUAAAUAUUUUUUUUAUUGUAUGUUUUGCAUUAAAACUACUGGUCUGAUUUUAAAAAUUCUUUCUUCAUUAGAAUCCUACAUUAUGCCUGAUAAAAAUAGGCUAUUAUUUCCCCGCACUACCACGAGAAGAGGAACUAAGCGGGUGAAACCGCGGGUCGUCUGCUAGUUUAAAAUAAGCUGAACUCUUGCUACAAUGGCCUCCAUUACAUGACAGUGGCAUAAAUAAGUAUUGUUAUUGAAUUUUUGCAUGAAUUUUAAUUCAAAAGUCGCUUUUUGAAAGACCAUUAAAAAAGACACUAUGAAUAUUUUAUUAUAAUACAUUAAUAUAAUUACUUUAAAAAUGUAUUUUUUUGUCACUAAAUUAAAACAAAUAAAUAAUAGAUAAUCGUUAGUGCUCAAUAUUGCAAUUUUUUUAAUUAUUGUAUUUUUUUUCGUUUAAAAUGUAAUUAUUUUUAUUUUAAUAGUUUUUAUUUAGCGAAAUUAUUAUAUUUUAAAUGUGAAUUAAAUGUUUAAUAACAUUGUAUUGUAUGUAUAACAAUGUAACAUGUUGAAUUACCAUGUUAUAUAACAUGUUACAAGCAUGUAAGUAGGUAUGUUACAUGUAUAGGGUGGUAGAAUUAUUGAUAAGAUAAUAUUGGUGUUGUAUUAUUAUUUGGUGUUAUUUUAUCAUGUGAGUUUUACAGCUGUGAAUAAUUAAUGUCUAUAUUUUGAACUUUAAGAACAGAAUAAAUAAUAAAAUAAAUGACGUGCUUUUUACUAAGUGAAUUUUAUUAUGGAAAUAAAUUGAUUCUUACUGUC